CUAUCUAUCUAUCUAUCUAUCUAUCUAUCUAUCUAUCUAUCUAUCUACCUAUCUAUCUAUCCCUGCCUUCCUACCUACCAUCUAUCUAUUCAUUCUAUAGGUUCUGUUCCUCUAGAGAACCUGACUGAUACAAAUGGGUUUCAGGCUUCAUUGUUUGCAGGUGACAGUAAGACUCAGUACCUGUUUUUGCUCCAUGGGUGCAGUGGGCACUGUGUGUGUGCAGCUUUGGGGGAGUUGUUUCACCCUGGAGUUAAGGGCUGGGCAGCCUCUUCCCACUCUGAAUCAGGAAGAAGCAGGAUGCAGUCACAAAGGCAAGGCUAUUCCCAUGCUACCCUGUCAACCUGACCGUGGGGAAGACAGCCUGCCAGAACUUGUGGAACCAAACAGCCAUUUGCUGUGCUGGCCCACAGAGGCAAUAUACCCGAGAAUGGUGUGCUCCUAUUUUAGUCAGGUUCGACCUGGUUUUACCCUCUGAGGUUAGAAUUUGGAAGUAGGAGUUUUAAAGGAAGAGAUCAUGGUAGUAAGUGUGGUCAGGGACUCAGAAGGUGAUAGGGGAAGAGUCUCCAACAACCGCAGACCCCAGCCGAGGAGAGGGGAAAGGACCAGAAAAGAGGAAGAAACUCAGGUUCUGUCUCACGCCUGUGCUUGCCCUGUGUGUGAGCAGGCACUGUUCAUAUUUAGGUGAGGUUUUGUUGUCGAUUUUUUUUUAGCUUUUUGUUUGUUUGUUUGCUUCCUUUUAAAAUAACCUGAUCAAGAAAAUUUCUCACAGGCGCUCCUGCCAGCUUCUCUCUUAGUUGAUUACAGUUAGUAAGCAUACUUUUGAAGUGGGUUUAGUAAUUCCUAACUCCCAGGGGUUUGAAAACAUAAAAUGAGUGAAUAGGUGAGUCCGGGGUACACUCACAAGGACGGUUCAGCUUUCUCUUGGGGAUUCAGCAGAAGCAGUGUGGGUAGUGGAAUCUCACUGCCGUGGAAACUGCUAACUGCUAUUCUCUAACCUCUACCAGGCACCGAGCCUGUGCUCGUCAGCACGGCGUCUUCUGGUCACCAGGGUGUGGCCUUCACCUGUCAGUUGGCUUCACUCUUAAUCCGAUUUUUAAAAGUUAAAUAAGGCUGACAGGAGCCGGAUGUAGAUCGCUCCUGAGAGACACAGCCAGAAUACAGCAAACACAGAGGCGAAUGCCAGCAGCAAACCACUGAACUGAGAAUAGGACCCCCGUUGAAGGAAUCAGAGAAAGAACUGGAAGAGCUUGAAGGGGCUCGAGACCCCAUAUGUACAACAAUGCCAAGCAACCAGAGCUUCCAGGGACUAAGCCACUACCUAAAGACUAUACAUGGACUGACCCUGGACUCUGACCUCAUAGGUAGCAAUGAAUAGCCUAGUAAGAGCACCAGUGGAAGGGGAAGCCCUUGGUCCUGCUAAGACUGAACCCCCAGUGAACUAGACUAUGGGGGGGGGGAGGGCGGCAAUGGGGGGAGGAUGGGGAGGGGAACACCCAUAAGGAAGGGGAGGGGGGAGGGGGAUGUUUGCCCGGAAACUGGGAAAGGGAAUAACACUCAAAAUGUAUAUAAGAAAUACUCAAGUUAAUAAAAAAAAAUAAAAAUAAACAAAAAAACAAAAACAACAACAAAAAACAGUUAAAUAAAAAGAAGCAUGGUGGCGUAUGCCCAUCCUCCUAGCACUUGGGAGGGUGGUAAUUAUAAGACCCUCCUGGAAUACACAAUGAGACCCAGCCUCAAAAAUAGCUAUUUCUAACUAGUGUAGUAUAUUACAUAAAAUGACUUUUACUUGGUUUAAGAUGAAAGAUGACCAAGAACUCACAAUGUCAUGCAGUCUUGGAGUUUGGGGCAUGUAUAAGACCCGAGGCUAAGGGAGAUUUAGGGAACACAUCUCAUUUUGCAUGCUCCUGUGUGUAUCUUCUAUACCCUCCCGUCUACUCAGCGGUACAGCCUUCUAGUUGAGUGGGUGUCUCAUGUCUAUAGUGGGUGGCCUUUUUGUAUGUGGUUCCUUGAGCGGUUACGUUCUUUGUGGCUGAUGGGUUUGGUUUUAUGAAACAAAGAGGUCCUGAGGCCCCGAGAAGAUGCCGGCUUCCGGUUCCAGGAGCGAGCUUCAUGGCGCCUGCACUUCCCACUUCAGGCUCUCUUUCUGGGAGGGGAAUUGGCCCUUGCUGCUCGUUUCCUGCCUGCUUAGGAAGGACUUAAAAGUUACCUGGAACUUGGCCUACUAUGAAGUCAGUAUCUAGAAUAUGCGAGUGGGAAUCAAAAUGGAGACAUAACUCAAACGAAUGCUUUGUAAUUUGGGUCAUUCAUUCACCUACCCAUUCACUCACCCACCUAUAUUUCAAUCCCAUUACUCAUCCAUCCUUCUACCCAUCCACUUGUCCACCCCAUUCAUCCAUCCAUCCACCCACCCACCUACCCAUUCAUCCAUGUGUCUGUCCAUCCUUCCAUCAUCCAUCCUUUUAUCCAUCUACAUGCCUGUCUAUCUUUCCAUCCAUCUAUCGUCCAUCAUCCAUUCAUCUACCCAUCCAUAUGUCUGUCCAUCCAUCCAUUCAUCCAUGUGUCUGUCCAUCCUUCCAUCAUCCAUCCAUUUAUCCAUCCAUCACCCAUUAUCCAUUCAUCUACCCAUCCAUAUGUCUGUCCAUCCAUCCAUCCAUCCAUCCAUCCAUCCAUCCAUCCACUCAUCCACCUAUCCAUCCAUCAUCCAUUCAUCAUCCAUACAUCCAUACAUCUAUCAUCCACCCACCCAUCAAUUUUCUGACAAUCCAGGUAUCCAUCUAAUUGUCCAUCUAUCCACCUGAUCACCCACCUAUCCCACCCACUCACCCAUCUAGUUAUCCACCUACUCAAAUUAUCUGUCCAUCUAUCUAUGUACGCAUCCACCUGUCCAUCUGAACACUCACCGUCCGAUCAUCUACUCAUCCAUCUAUUCAUUUUAUCGUGCACUUAUGCCAAAGCUUUUAAAAUUGUUACUGCUGCCUCUUCCGUGGCGUCCUAGACCGGCGUGCUUCUUGUGUCUGGGUACUGGCGCUUCCCCAUAAACAUACACUUGUGUGGCUUUGAAUGAUUUUCUUGAGCUCUCUGUGCCUUAGUUUCCUCAUCUGCAAAAAGAUCAAUACACUGGAACUUGUAGCUCACUUUUAAGAGCUAAAUGACGCAACCCAUUGGAGGCACAGAACUGAGAGUGCACAUAACAUGUGGUGGUUUAGAGUUUUUGUGUGUAGGCUGUUUUCUGAAGGCAAAACGGGCUUUGCCAACUUGCCCAUCAUCAAUGUAAGUGCUUCAGGCGUUGAUACCUUUCUUCUUAGCAUAGAGAGAGGGGCAGGCGCCUGUGGUCUUUAUUCUUGCAGAUUUGGGAAAAGUGCUGAUACGUUGAUAGAGUUUUCCAUACUUUUGAUCCUGGUGAACUCAAUCAGCUCUUGUUUGUGCAUUGGUCACUUCAUAUUUAUAUUUUCUCCCCACAAUUAACACUCCCAAAUGAUUCUCUUAAGAGUGUUUCCGUUUCACACCGAAGUAUAAAGUUGAAUUGAUAUAUAUAUGUACAUAUACAUAGUUUAAGUUGCAACAAUUGUUUUCAUUUUUUUUUUUCAAAUCUAGAUUGUAUUGCUUUGAUAUCUUGGAGAUUUAAAAUUUUAUUUCCUAACACCUUUUGGAUUUUCCUGUAAGUUUAAAAACACCAUAACCUGUGUGCAGUUGAUUUGGUGCAUAUCUUUACUUUUGUUUACAUUUAAUUCUCGAGCUAGACCUGGCUCAUACUCGUAGGUGACAACAUAUCAUAAUUCCAUAAUUUCUUUUACUUAACUAGCGGUCCACACUUUAAUAAAUGUAGAAUCUAAAAUGUCAUUUUGCUAUAUAUGGAAUCUAAUGUACAUAUAUAUAUUAACUUACAUAUAUAUGGUUAUGACCACUUCGUGGCAUACACAUGUAUCUGUAGGCAUGUCUGUGUUUCUUAUAUAAUUCCAGUUUCUGCUUGUGCUUCUUUAUGAUAGUUUUCUGUUGUAAUAAAUAUUACUACAAGUCUAAACUCAGUUUAACAUACCCCCCCCCAGGCUAUUUCUGCUUCUUAUUUACUUAAAAUAAAUUUGUGAAGUUUAAAAAAAAUUCCAGAUGGGAUUUUGAUUAAAAUUGCUUGAAGUUUGAAGUUGAGUUUGAGAAAAUUAACGUGUUUACAGUAAUGAACUUCCCAUCCACAAAUAUAGAAGUGUCUCCAUUUGGUAUAAAUGCGUUUUAAAACAUGUUGCCGUUUUGCAGAUUUCUUCAUUGAAUCUUGCACUGUUUUAUUUUUAUUUUUAUUUUUUUUGGUUAAAUUUCAUUUCCAGGCAUUUUUUUUGUUGCCUCUCUAAAUAGGGUAUUUUUCCUGCUAUAUUUUCUAAGCAGUUAUUGCUGGUUGUUGACUAGGUCUUUUUUUUUUUCUUUUUUUGUAACCAGACAGAUUUCUGAAGUUGCUUCUUAAAUCCUUUCCACUUUAUUCUCUUCAUAAGAUGUGCGAUUGGAAAGUGAAGUCCCAUCUUUUGACUUUCAUACCCUUGUUUGAUUUUUCUUAUCGUAUCGCUUAGAGGUUAUGAGACAGUAUUAGAAUUAAUGCCCUCCAGUCAUGAUGGUGGGACUUCACAAACCGUGGAACCAUAAUGGGUAGGUGGGCCUGGUCCUUCUGAAUGGUGCCUUCAAAGGCGUCUCCUUUGCCUCUCUCUGUCCCUCUGAUUAGAUGGCUCCUCCCCACUCUCUACCCCUGCAGAAGGGUAAGUUGUAGAGUGGAGGUGGACCUCUGGUGGACCAUGGGCCAUGAGGUGGGCCUGUGGUGGGAAACCAGGGGGCCGGGCAGCCUCUGGCUUUGUUACAUCUGGGUAGUGUCCUUUCGUGGACCAUAACCAGGAUGUCAGCCAGGAUUACUUCACUGAGCCUUGCAAGCUUCGACCCUGCCUAGUUCAGUCUGUUUUGCCUUCCCUUCUUCCCUCCCUCCCUUUUUUCUUUUUACCUCUUUUGAAGAUAUCCUCUCAUAUGUUCCAGACUGACUUUCAGUUUUGAAUUCAUUACAUGGCUGAAGAACAACCAGGAACUUCUGGUCUUCCCGCCUCCACUUCCCCAACACUGGGAUUGUGGGCGUGCCCCAUCAUACCAGGUUUAGGUGGUAUUGGGAAUGGAAUCUGGGACUUCCCUACUGCUAGCUAAACUGAGUGACAGGCGUCAGCUGUUGCUUGUCUUUCCUAGUUUUUCUGAGCACUUCUUGGGCCCUCUUUUCACACAUCUUCUCUACCUCUUACUCCCUUCACUCACACAAACCCACCCAUGGGAUACCUGACAAUGAAGGGAACCGUGUCCUAGGAUCCCGAGGGUCACUGUGUCUCCAUUAGGUCCUUUUCUGCCUGCGCUAUCCUGCACUCAUAGCUGAGCCCUAAUCUGCAUUUUUUUGGUAGCUGUAUAGACAGAGGUCACAGGUGUAGGGCAGGGGUGAGGUGGGGCCUCUUCUCUGUCAGAAGGCAGAGCUAUGUGGCUCAGUGAGUCACUCCACUCCCACCCCCUGAGCUCUGAGCUGGCGAUGCUUGUCUCAGGGCUGGUGUGGGUGGCGGUGUGGCUGGCAGGGUGUGGGUGGGGCCAGCACACCCCAGAAGGUAGUGACAAGCUGGGUGCUGCUAUGAGCCUGCUAGGGACAGGCCUUAGACCUUUCCUGCAUGGACUUUUGCCCUUGCUCUUUUUUUCUUUUCUUUUCUUUUUUUUUUUUUUCUUUUUCCGGAGCUGGGGACCGAACCCAGGGCCUUGCGCUUGCUAGGCAAAUGCUCUACCACUGAGCUAAAUCCCCAACCCCCUGCCCUUGCUCUUGGUCUUUGUCCCUGUGAAAUCAUUUCCCUUCUUUCCCUUCAAGCCUUCGGACCCUUCCAGUCUCUGUUUUAAUUGUAAUAAAGUUCACGUGCAAUCUGUCAUCUUAGGCAUCUCUGAAAGCCUAGUUAGAGGAAGGAAGGACAUUCUCAGUGAUGGACAGCUCUCCCUGUGGCCCAUCCAGAUAGCUCUUUUUAUGCAACAUUGAGACCCUCUGUGAUACGCAUGCCCCAUUCUCCUGCCUCAGCCCCCGGAAGUGAUUAUUCUAGUCUCUAAGAAUCUCACUACAGUUCAUGGAAGUAGAGUCAUGUAGUUGUUUGGAAACAGACUUUCUUUCCUCAGUAUUUCGUCCUCAGGGUAUUCACACCACAGCAAGGAUCAGUGUUUCCUUUCUUUGGAAGCUGAGUAAUCCUCUGGUAUACACACGUCCUAAUUCCAUUUGCUCGUGUGAGGAAAACGCUCUAACCACCUGGGGGUACUUCCUCAGCAACCACAUUUUUUUUUUUUUUUUUUUUUUUUUGGUUCUUUUUUUUCGGAGCUGGGGACCGAACCCAGAGCCUUGCGCUUCCUAGGUAAGCGCUCUACCACUGAGCUAAAUCCCCAGCCCUAUUUAUUUAUUUUUUAAGCAGCUACUUCCCUAGCCUGCCAACUUCAACGUUUGAAUAAACAUUAUUGUUAUCGUAAUGAUUCACAUGCCUACAAUCACUGGACCAAAAGAACAUUCUACCUAACUUCCCAUAAAAAGGGGAAUUCUAUGGAGAGACUAUCUUGUGUAUUGUAUGGAUGCAGCACCUGUCAAUUAAAAAGCCUGUGGCUUAGGCAGGAAAUAGGAGGUGGGACAUCCGGGAGGAGAAAGACUUCUGGGAUAGAGCCAGGUUUGGAAAUUCCCAGGGGGAAGAUGCCUGGUACCUGAACAUGGUUAGCUAACUGGCGGAAUGUAGGCUGGAAUAAACGGGACAAUUUAAGUCAUAGCUAGUCAGAGAAGAGCCUAGCUAUCUGGCCAAGGUGUUUGUAAAUGUAUUUUGAGUCUGAGUCUUAUUUCUGGAAGCAUGGGGCUGGGAGGAAGAACCUGGCCUAAUCUCAACACAAGUCAAUGUCAUGGAGAGUGGGAGAUUAGAAAAGUAAAAAUUAGGCUGAAGAGGCUGCCCAGUGGGAAGAGCUAGCAAUGUUCCUCCAGAGGACCGGAGUGUGAUUCCCAGCACCAAGUCAGCUUCCCACGGCUCCAGGGAGAUUCGAUGCCCCUGACCUCUGUAGGUGCUUGUUGUGCAUGCGCAAACAACCACUUACAAGUGCACACAAUUAAAAGCAAUUCCCUCUACAAAUUAGUGACUUAAUAAACUAUAGAGAAUGGGGGUGCAGAGAGCCCAAUUGAUGAAGUGCUUGCCCCGCAGUCAGGAAAACAUGAGCUGUAUGUAAAAAGAACUGGAUGUAGUAACUUGUACUAGUAAUGUUUGUAUUGGUGGGAUGGAGACUGGAGGGCCCCUGAGGCUCGUUGACCUGUCCGCUUAGCUCAGUCAGCAAGCCCCAGGUCCAGGGAGAGACACCACCGUUUCCAAGAACUAGAUGGGUAUUCAGGAGAGCUGAUUCAGCAGCACUUACAGUUCGUGCAGAGGACCUGGGUUCCAUUUCCCAAACCCACAUAGCGGCUCACCAUCAUCUGAAAUUCCAGUUCCAGGGGAUCCAGUGCCCUACUCUGGCCUCUGAGAGCAUCACGCGUGCACAUGUUGUGCACACAGACAACACACUCAUACACAUAAAGUAAAGUAAAUCUAAAAUACACCAGAGUGGAUGAAUCCUGAGGAACGACCCCCGAGGCUGAACUGAACUCUGACUCCUGCACAUGAGCACGCGCGCACGCCCACACACACACACACACACACACACACACACACACACACACACACUCACAAUCAGGCCCAGGGCUAGUAGUCCCAUCUUGUGUUGCAGUCUCAAGCAUCUGCCCGUCUAACCCUGAGCGACCUGCCCUGGACUGCACAGGGCAAUGAACUCGAGACUGACUAAUCUCACUAAUUCUUGCCAGAAACAGAGGUGAGUAAGAGAUACUGAAAACAAUUAUACCUUGAACUCAAUGAUUAGUGAGUGUAGGCAGUUUUUGGUUGGGAGAGAUUCUGGGAAACGGUAUGUUUUGCCUCCAGGGAUUGGCUUCAUCCUCUAGGGCAGUGACUGCCAAGGAGAUUAAAUGCCAUUAGAUUACAUCAUAGAACUCUCAGCCUGGCUUCUGAGGGGAGAUAAGACUUGGGGAGAAGAAUGAGCAGAAAGGACCUUUGCAGUUACUGUGACAGACCGGGCAAAAGGCCAUCUUUGGGUGUGAUCUGAUAGAAGUCUCUAAGGCUCUUGGCAAUUGCGGGGAUGCAUUACUUGGUCUCCAGAGCACUGAGUGGUUUCCCUUGUGGUGACAACUGCUCUCUGUGAUUGGCAAAGUCCUGGGGAAAGUCUGCAGCCAAGCCACUCCUCUCCACUUCUUCUUGUACUGAUGGCCAAUGUUGCAUGUUGGCCUACCAGCCAUGUCCCCAGAUGACAGGUUUACAAAAUGUCAUUUCCUGCUGGACCUGAAGUAAGGACACCCAUGCCUUCGAGGAGGCCGCUGUCAACCUGUCCAGGGAGCCCUGGAGAAGGUCCAGGAUUUUCAGCAUCUGUGGAUUGGGGAGAUAGGACAGAGCUACCGCACAGCCAGAUGGCAUUAGGAGACUACUAAGAAUGUGCUAGCAAAAAUGGAAAAUGACGCCUCUUACUAAACUCCUUUCCACCCGUAGCUUGACCCAGGCCCAUUUGAAAUCCUUAGAGUGCCUUGAGGUAUGUACACCAGAGAAGCUGAGCUAAUAAUUUUUUGUUGUUGUUACACAACUGACUUUUCAGACUUGUUUUCCAUAGCCACCUCCUAGUCCCAUUCUCUUCUCCGCAUACCCUUCGCAGAAGAGACACAAGGUUCACAGGACUCUGAGGUGGGAAUUAUACGUGGGAAGGCUGCUAUCAGCAGCCCGGGUGAUUUCACUCUUUUCUGUGUAUGUCCCCAAGUUUCCUUUGCCAAUGGCUUUGUCUUCAUUUGGAAUACCGAAUAAACAGGUCAUGACACCCGGGCACAGGUGAUAUAGUUCAGAAAUGGGUGUGGUAUGUGUGGAAUGUGUAGUGAUUUGUGAGUGUGUAUGAGUGUGUGUGAGUGUGUGAGUGUGUGUGAGUGUGUGUGUGAGUGUGUGUGUGAGUGUGUGAGUGUGUGAGAGUGUGUGUGAGUGUGUGUGUGAGUGUGUGAGUGUGUGAGUGUGUGUGAGUGUGUGUGAGUGUGUGUGAGUGUGUGUGUGUGUGAGUGUGUGUGAGUGUGUGUAUGAGUGUAUGCAUCUGUGUGGUGUGCCUGCCCACUUCUAGUGUCUUCCCUAGUCAGUGUCUGUGUGACUUUCUCUCGCCAGACAUGGAGCGAGACUACACUGGUGGGCCAGAAAGCCCCUAGGAGCUGCCUUCUUGUGCUAGGAAUACAGAUAUACACCACUGCACCCAGCUUUUUAUGUGGGUUCUGGGGAUCUGAAUCUGGUGUUGCCCUGACCCGUGACCCCCAGCCCAGUUUAGUUCUCUCUUGAGAACAAAUGGGAUAAAACACGUCCUUUACCCCCUCUAUGGUAUCUCUGUCUUAGCUCUCUGCUGAUGCCCAGGGUCUUCACCAUCAGUGCAGACAUUUCGCCGUUGCUAUUUGAGAUACUUCAAUUUUGGAUUCACCUCUUGAGAGUGAAAGCAGGUAAUUAAGGGCCACCGUCUCCCUCCAGUUUUAUGAGGUGACCUGUGCAUAUUCUAGCUUCAUGUAUCUGUUCAUCUGGGAACAUUUUCUUUCUGGGCGCCUGCAGCCUGUCUCUCUUUGCAGACUGUGGACAGCAGAACACUCCUGCCAAGAUGUGAUUCAAAGGGGCUCCAAACUCGAGUGGAGCUUCUAACACAAGGAAUGUAUUUUUCACAGACUCUAGGAUACUGUCAAUUGAAAAUGGCUUUAGCCAGGCAGUGAAGACUGAACUGUUAAGGUAUGCUACUCCUCUACUAUAAAAUGCUUCCUGAUUCCAGCAGUGUUAGGAGCCUGGCACCAUCCUCCAUGAAAUCUGGCAUCUUCGUGGUCUAAUCACCCAGUUCCUGCACACACUGUUGUUGUUACGGAUGUCACAAUACAAGUGAUGGGUCUGGUGGUUUGCCGUAUGCCUGUCUGUUUACUUUGGAGGGCAAAUAGGAAAGGGGAGCCUUGUAUCAUCCUUGGCCAAGAAAGUGCCAAAUCUGGGCCAAUCUGGAUUGAUUUUUCCUCAAGGUCGAGUGCAUAGCUGUCACUGUGGGAUUCCCUGCCCCCUCCGGUGUUGCGCCACAUCCCUCCUUUGUUGGGCUAGCUCCAUGCAUUUUGCCUGAUUUUUCUCACACUGUUGUUGGGAUGGGACUGACCUCUAGUAGGUCCCUGAGUAUAGCAGACAAGAAGAUAUUAGACAAAUAUUUGCAUAUCUAAAAAUGUCUUAAUUCUACUUUCCCACCUGACCAGUGGCUUAGCCGAGUGUGGACUUCUAGAUUGUAGGUGAUUUUCACUGAAGCAUCCUUCUAUUGCGUUUGGUUUUCAACCCGUUGGUCCACAACCUGUGUGGCUCCUUUGUUGGUGGGGGGAUGGGUGUCAAAUGACCCUUUUACAGAGGUCACUUAUCAGCUAUCUCCAAUAUCAGAUAUUUACAUUACGGUUCAUAAGAGUAGCAAGAUUACAGUUACAAAGUAGCAAUGAGAGUAGUUCUAUGGUGGUGGGGUUGGGGGUGUCACCAUAACAUGAGGAGCUGUAUUAAAGGGUCUCAGCCUUAAGAAGGUUGAGAACCUCCCUAUUGAGGAAGCCGAAGCCAUACGAUUUAUAAGAUUGUAUCAUGAGGUUUGGCUGUGUUGGGUCAUUGUGUGGCUAUGUGAUAGACUCUUUGGACAAUGAUCGAUUUUCAUAUUUUUGUCUCUCUGGUAAAAUGCCCCCAACAAAAAGCAACUUAGGGGAGAAAGAAAGGGUUUUACUUCAGAAUGCCAGGUUGCAGUCUCCUCCUUGUGAGGAAGCGUAGGUGAUAGUCGCAUGACAUCCGCAGUCUAGGACACAGGGACAUGAAUGGAUUCACAUUGAGCUCUCCACAGGAUUCUUGACUCUUAAAUACUCCAAGACACAAACCCAGGGAGUGAGUGGUGUUGCUCACGGUGGGCCGGGUCUUGCAACCUUAGUUAGCCAAACUAAGAAAAAUACUCACAGGCCAACUUGAUCUAGCCAAUUCCUCAUUGAGACAGUCUUCUCAAGUGAUUCUAGAUUGUAGCAAGCUGACAACUAAAAUGCACAGCCUGCGCCUGCGUUUAUGCAUGUAUGCGCAUGCGUGUGCGCAUGUGCAGAAGCUGGAGUUUGACAUCCGCCAUCUUUGGCUCUCCACCCUCUCUUUUGACAUGGGCUUUCUCUUUGAACCUGGGGCUCCUAGGGUUAGGCUAGACUUGCUGGCUAAUGAGUUUCAUGGAUUCAUUUGUCUCUGACUCCUCCGUGGUGAGGUUGCAGAGUGAACUCCCAGGCCUAGCUUUUUCCUGGAUUCUAGUGAUCCUAUCUUAGGUCUCCCUGUUUGCGGGGCAGGCACUUUGCCAACUGAGCUGUUUCCCUCGAUUCUGAUACUUGGGUUUUUGCCAUAGAAAUUUCCCAGGGUUAUUUUAUUGAUUUCUUCCCAUUUAGUUAUGUAUUUUCAUCUUCGUGAACUUUUUUUUUUUUAAAAAUACCUAUAGAUCUAAGUCCUCAAAGCUUUUGCACACAUUCCUUCCGUGUGUAUUACGGGUUUUUAUUCCAGAAGAUCCCCUUAAUUGAGUCUUUUUGCUAUUCCGUUUUUGCUUUACCAUUUUUAAUUCCCAAGAGUUUUUAAAAUUUGGUUCUGGAAACAUUCUAUUUUUAUUGCAGUCUAUUCUGUUGCCGCAUGUGUGUUUCCCCAUCUUGCCUGUUGGGAAUACUUAGCAGCUUUAUUGAGGUAAAAUUGACAUAAAUAUAAUCCUACAUGAAGUACAAAAUUCGACAAAUCUUUGACCUAUGUUUAACUUGUAGAGCUAUCACUUUCUUCAGCUCACACCUAUUACUUCCAAAUGUUUCCUUUCGACUCUCGUAAAUCCAUUCUUCACCAUUGGCCCCUGCCUGGUUUUCUGCCCAUCAGACACUACUCUCUGGAUUCCACAACUACAGAUCAAUCGCAUUCCCACAAUUUUAUGUAAAUGCAACAAUACUAUAUUGUGACAUCAUCCAAGUUUUUGUAUUGAUAAUUCAUUUUUUUUGUUUCUAAGUAGUGUCUUAUUGCAUAGGCAAAUCAUGAUUUAAUCCAUCAGUUCACUUAAUUGCUGGAUGUGUGAACUGUUUCUAUCUGCCAAUGAAGCUACGGGAUGCAUUGAUAGUAAAUCAUGGUGGGCUGGAUGCUGUCAUUUCUCUGAGGCAAAGGUAUAAAUUUGGAUUGGAGCAUUAUUGAUAGACAUUUUUGUUGCUAAACGUGCCCAGUAUGACUGUACUGUUGCUCUUUCUUACCGACACUGAACGAGAGCUCUGGUUUUUCUGCUUCUAAUACUUUGUCUGGUGAAGUUAUUAACUUUGACCAUUUUACAUGUGAACAUGGCAUCUCAUUGUGGUUUUAACCUGCAUCUCUUCCUAUUAGCUAAUGAUGCUGAAGAUUGUUUUGUUCUCUCACUUGUCACUUAUAUAUCUUCUUUGAUCAGGUGUCUUCUCACAUUAAAAUUUUUUCUUUAUUCAUUUUUGUCAUAUGAAUGCUUUAUCUGCAUAUAUGUCUGUAUGGCAUGUGUGUGCCUGCCUGGUCCCUGGGGAGGUCACAAGAGGGCAUAAGAUUCCCUGGAACAUGAGUUAUAGGCAGUGGCGAGCCACUAUAUAGGUGCUGGGAAUUGAACCCAGGUCCUCUGGAAGUGCAACCAGUGUUCUUACCCUCUGAGCCAUCUCUCCAGUCCCAUCCAAUCUUUUGCCAGUUCAAAAAUUGGGUUGUUUUUCUGUUACUGAGUUUCAUGGACUCUCUAGGUGAAAGUCUUUUUUAUUAAACUAAGUUUGAAACGUUUUCUUUCUCAACCCAUGACAUACUUUCUUUGUCUUAAAAAUAUCUUUCAGAGAGAAGUUUUAACUUAGGUAAUCUGUCUUUUGUUUUAUUUCUAUGAAUGCGAUUUUCAGUAUUCUCCUCUAGAGAGCCUUUGCCCAACCCAAAGUCUGGAAGGGUUUUUUUUUUUUUUUAAUCUUCUUCUAGAAAUUUUACAGUUUUAGGUUUCACAUUUAGGUCUGUGAUCAUUUUGAGUAAAUGUGUGGAUGUGGUGUAGGGUAUGACCUGGAAUCCAUUACGUGUCUCAGCACCUUUUGUUGAAAACGAUCAUCUUUUAUACUCGGCUGCUUUUGCUUCUCCAUCAGAAUCAGUUCUUAAUAUACACGUGGGGCUAUUUCUUCACACUCCAUUCCAGCCUUUUUGUCUUUUGGUUUAUUGUUACCAGGUUGUAUUGAUUACUAUAGUCUAUAACAAGUCUAAAUCAAGAAGGCUUAUUAUUCUUGCUUCACUCUGGGUUUUUCCAGUUCCAACAAGUCUUAAGACCAGCCUGUUAGUUCUUAUAGAAAAAUCUUUUAGGGGGCUGGUUGGAAUUAUGCUAACCCUAAGGAAGGGUCUAGAGAGCUGCCCUAGUGACCUCGAGUCUAUGGCUUGUGAGCUUUGUUCUUGUGUAUGUAGAUUUUAAAUACUCUUCAUCCACACAUCAUGGUUUUCAGUAUAUAAGCUGUGUGUGUGUGUGUGUGUGUGUGUGUGUGUGUGUGUGUGAUCCUGUUGAUAUAGAUUUUAAAUACUUUUCAUCUACACAUCAUAGUUUUCAGUAUAUAAGCCGUGUGUGUGUGUGUGUGUGUGUGUGUGUGUGUGUGUGUGUGUGUAAUCCUGUUGAUAUAGAUUUUAAAUACUCUUCAUCUACACAUCAUGGUUUUUAGUAUAUAAGCCUUGAAUACAUAUUUGUAUGUAUUUAUUUCCAUAUGUGUGAUACAUAUUUGUUACACAUGGGUGUAUGUACACAUAUGUAUGCAUAUUUGCAUGUGUAUGGGUGCAUGAGUGUCUGUGUGCACAUCACUCUGGGUUCAUGUGCACUUCUGUGCCUGUGCCUGCUGAGAAUCAUCCUUUGUUGCUCUUCCUCCUUAUUCAUCGAAGCAAGGUCUUUCAAUCAAAUCCAGAGCUUGUGACAUGGCUAAUCUCACUAGCCAGCGUGCCGUGGGGGGAAUCUCCUGUUUCUACCUUCGAAGGCUGGAGUUAGAGGCAGGCUGUCAUACCCACCUGGCAUUUAUGUGGGAUCUGUGGAUUCUAACUCUGGUCUUCACACUUCACAUGUCUGUGAAGCAGAUGCUUUACUGCUUGAACCAUCUUUCCGGCCCCGUGCACGCAUUUUGCCAGGUUGAUUCUUAAGAAUUUUGUCCACUUUUGGUAAUAUUGUAGGUGAAAAUACUUGCCAGAAGCGUCUUAAGGGAGAGAGGAAUUAUUUUGGCAUACGGUUUCAGUUCACCAGGGAAGGGAGACAUCAUGGCAGACAGGAAGCAGAGUGGAGAUUACGGGAAGGGCCCAGGGUGACAUAAUAACUCCCAAAGACCAUCCCUCCCAUAACGUACUUCCUCCAAGUGGGCUGCUCCUCUUCCCCUUAGUGGCUGCUCAAUAAUAUUAUUAUGUCAUGAGUCCAUCAGGGGAAUAAUCCGUUCACCAGAUGAGAGUCCUUGUUAUCUGUCUCUGGAAAUGCUUUAAUCCCAGAGGUAUGCUUUCACUAAUCUCUCAGGUGUUUCUUAAUCCUCUUAAACGGACAGUCAGGACCAACAAUCAGAAAUCCAAACUCCCAUCAGCUUGGCACACACAAACAUGUUUCCUAACCUAUAACAUUGCGCCAUUGGUCAUGUGCAGCUCAUAUUUAAAAAUUGCAUUCAGUCUAUUUCUGAGUCCCCAUAGCCUUCAAAGCUCCAUUACUCCAGUGCCCAAGCUUGAAGUCUCUUCUGGGACCCCAGGAAGUUCUUCACCAUGAAUGUCUGUGAAGCUCAGACACAGACUACAAACUUCCAAGAUACAAAGGUGCUGAGCAGACAUUCCCAUUCCCAAAGGGAGAACAGAAUCACAGCAAGGAUUGGACCAAUGCAAGACUGAAACCACGUAGGGCUAUCAUCACAUCUCAUGGUCCAUCAUCUCGGGCACUAGAUGGUAUGAGGUGACUACCAGUGGAUUUAGACUGCCACACCCUGUAGCCAUCCAUGCUGUUUGCAGCCCACAUGGUCCUGGGCUGGCUCGGCUUGUCCCCUAUGUCUGUCCUUGGCAAAUGUUCCACAUCCCUGGUGUCUCCAGUGUUCUGGUGUCUCCCCUUCAUUGCCCCCAUCCUAGCAGCGUUAAGCAUUCGUCUCUCAGGGGCUGCCUCCCUUAGGGCUUUUUACUCUACCACAGAUUGCCUCCCUCCCUGCUUUUAUUUCAAAUCUGAGUGGAAAUGUAGAUACUCUUAACUCAUUAGCAUGUCUGAAAAAAUCAGCAUCAGAUGGAUAACUUCAUUGUCAGCUUUAAGCUCAGGUAACAUCUACAUCCCCUUUGAAACAUGAUUAUAGUGAAUGUCUGGGCUGUUGAACCCAGGAAAAUACUUCCAGGGCACCCUAAGACUUUCUUAUCUCAAGGAAAAGUCUUUCCACUGAGUUUAUAAAUUUUGCACAGUGGCCAGUUCCUGAGAUACUCUUGAGUCAUCCUUAUUGUCCCAGUGCAAAACGUGUAGCUUCUUUGCUUAAGUGUCAAGAACCUCUUUAACAAUUAAACCUUUCUUGUUCCAAACUUUCAACUUGAUUUUUUUUGCAUUCUUUUCAAAUUAUUCUUCCAUACCUUUUGCUUUCAGUGCUCACUGUAAAUCUGUUGUAAAACAACAGCCCCAGAUAACCGUAUCCCAUCCUGAAAUCCCCUCCAAAUAAUCAGUUGUCUCUAAACUCAGCCUUAUUUAAAGCCUUGGGUCAAGAUAAAAGGUAUAAAUUCUUCCUCAGAAUAUAACAUAUGGUGCUAGUCUAAACUGACAGAGUCCCUGAUUCUACCUGAAACCCUAUGAGACCAAAUUUCACUGUCUGCAUUCUUAUUGGCACUUUGGACUUUGGACAUCUCACAAGAUUACUCUGCUCAUAGCAUUCAAUAGUACCUGUAACUCACAUCACCAAAUGUUUCCAAAUUCCUCUCAUAAACCAUUUCAAAGGCAUAAGAACCACAUGGUCAGAUUCAGUCAUGGCCAUAACCCUACUCAGUACUUGAAUAUUUGUUUUCUAAUCACUGUGCUCGAAAUACCUUCCAGAAGUAACUUAAAUUAUGUAGAAUGUAGUUUGGCCAACUGCUGAAGUGGUUCCAGCCUAUUCUGGAGAGGAGGCUCUUGUGGAGUGGAACAAAUUACAUCAGAGAGAAUACAACAAGGACAAAAUACAGUUCUCAGAACAUGUUCCUAGAGAGCAACUCCUUUCACAAACUUCCCAUAAUGCCAUCAUGCUAAGAACCAUCAAGGGUUUAUUAAUUCUUUAGGCAAGAGCUUUCAUUGUUUCAUUGUCUCUGAAAAUGCCCUCACAGCUAUAUCCUGAUCUAUGCUUCACUAAUCUCUUAAGUAUUUCUCAGUCUAACUAGGUUGACAAUCCAGACCAAUGAUCACAGUUUCUUUUGGAAGUCUGUGGUUGUCUGUUAUCGUCACGUGGAAAUGGGGCUGAUUCCUAUAUAUCUUUAAGUCAUGCAUCUUGCAGAAGUUAAUUAAUCCAUGGGCUUUGUAAAGAACUCAAUCUGAUCGCCUACAUUGAUAAAUAUGCUUUCUGGGAAUAAAAGCAGUUCGGGUGUUUUUAGCAUGCAUCUUGUUGGUGAACAGGCUUGGCAAGAGAACUCUCUCUGUGUUGUUGGGAUUUAAGUGUCUGGAAAGUGUUCCCAUUUCACCAGUUAAGUGUGAUCCCAGGUACAGAUAAUUUUUUGAAUAUUUGUUCUCAUCAAGUUAAGGAAAUUUCCUUCCGAUUCUAAUUUUACCAAAAUUUUAAAAAUAAAAAUGGUUGAAUUUUAUACACUUUUGAAUUGUUGGUAUAUUUGUAUUUUUUCAAAAUCUCUUAAAGAACAAAUCCCAUUCUUUUACUUUUGUGUGUUAGGGUGACUUUGCUUCCUGCAGAUAAGUUCUAGUUGGUUAUGAACUGUAGACAAUCUCAUGUGCUCUUGGAUUGGAUAUGCUAACUGGAGAGUUUUUGAUUCAUAUAUAUGACAGAUAUUGCCAUCAUAGAAUAAUUUGGGAAAUUUUACCUUUGCCUCAGUUUUCUAGAAUAUUUUUUAUACUUUUUUGAUAAUUAUUUUCAGUGGAGAUUUUUUUUUUUACAGAAAGACUGAAACUCUGUUUGUAACUUACUUAACAGUCACAAGGAUAUUCCUGUUAUCUGCUUAUUAAAUGAACUGUCUUUCCAGGUAUAAAUUUUACAAUAAAAUUUAUUGGCAAGUAAAUGUGUACUAAUUCCCUGAUUAUCAUAGUAUGUGUAGGAUCUGUAGUGAUGUCUCCUUUUUCAUUCCUUGGUAUCAGAUUUUAUGUAUGUAUGGUAUGUAUGUAGUAUGUAGUAUGUAGUAUGUAUGUAUGUAUACAUGUAUGUAGUUAUUUGUUUAUUUAAUUCUUCUGGUCAACCUUAUUAAAAGCUUACUAAUUUUAAUAAUUUUUGUCAUUGAUUUUUUUAACUGAUUUUUUCCUUUAAAUUUUUUCUUUGGAUAAAAAUAUAAUUUUUUAUUAAUUUUUUUGGAUCUUUAUUUCUUUUCUCCAUAUCUUAGGAUUUAAUUUUGUUAUUAAUUGUUCAAGAUAGAUUCUAAGUGAUUGACUUGCUUCUUUGCUCCCAGGCAGGUUUUAUUUCCAUCUUAUAAAUUAAAUACAUUGCAUUUAAUUUUGUUCAAGUUAAAUGACUUCCAUAGUCCCUCUGACCUAGUCUGCGUCCUGUGGAUGAUUUAGAAACACGUGGCUUGGUUUCCAAAUAUCUGGUGAUCUCCCAAAGAUAUUUCCGGUCCUUAUUUUUAACUUAACUCUGGUUUGGUUUAAGAAAUACUUUGUGUGAUUCUAGUCCUCUUAAACGUUUUGAGACUUGUUUUCCUGUCCUGUCCUGUGUAUAGGUUAUACUGACUGAUGUUAUCUGUCAUUUGAAAUUUAUGCUGCUAGUUUUGUGGAGUGAAAGUGUCCAUUAGAUUACUGUGAUCAAUGGUGGUUUUCAGAUUUUCUUAUAGUCUAGAUUUCUGUCCAUAAUGAUUUUCCCAGUACUUGUUCCCAUAUGUUUUGAGAACGGUAUCCUUAACAUAUCUUCAAUGAAAACAUGGAUUUAUUUUUUGGUCCUUCCAGUUGCGUUGAGUUUCUGCUCUCUGUGUUUUGCAGCUCUGUAAUCAGGCACAUGCCUGCUAUACAUGCUGCUAGGUUUGUGAUUCAAUUGCUUAUCUUCUUUCAGGGCCUGGAAGCCAACCCAGAGUCUUGUGUGCCCUACACAGAUGCUCACUCACUGGGCCACCCAUGGCCCCGCAUUCAAAACAAAUUGACCUUGUCCCUUUUGUGAAAAGACCUUUCUCUUCUCUAGUAAUAAACCGUGCUGUGAAAUCCGCUUUUCCUGGUAGGAAAGUGGUCAGUACGCAGCUCUCUUUCAUUAGUUUUAGCGUAGUUCACCUUCUCCCAUUUGGGUGAUUUGUGUUUCUUGUGUUAAGUGUUCUACCAUUCGCCAUCAAUCUUCUCACACUGAGUAUUUAUGACAUUUGAAUUUGGUAUUAUCAUCCAUCUGCGUAUUCUUAAUUCUGCGUUUGUUUUCUGUUUGUCCUGUUUUUGCUUGGUCCUAUACCUUUCAAUUUUCUGCUUUAUUCCCCACUAUCGGAUAUUUAAAAACCUAAUAUCUGGAGUAUUAUCUCUGUGUUUUAUAAUUUUAGUGGUUGCUCUGCAGCAAGCAUUUUCACUUUUCCUGCAUAUCUGGCAAUUCCUUUAUUUUUGCCUUCAGUUUUACAGCCUACCUUUGAAAGUUAUGUUCUCCAUCCUUUGACCUGCUGAUAAGUUAUCUCAGUUGUGUAUCUUAUUGCUCGGUUGGGGAUGAAUUGGAUUUUUCUUGAAGGUUUUUUUGUCUUCAUCUUUGGUUUCCAGCAUUUCGCUGUGAUAUGUCUGGCUGUGCAUAUUUUUGCAUGCAUUGUACUGGGAAUCCUAUGAGCUUUCCCGAAUGUGCAAAUGAUUUCUUUUCUCUUUCUUAAAAUCUGACAUGUUUUCAACCGUGGUUUCUUUUAGCAUUUCCUCUUCCCCCUUCCCUCUCUCCUUCUGGUCCUUCCAUUAUGUAUGGGUUGAUGUGCUGAUGUGCCCGGCGUUCUUAAGCUUCUCCAGUUGCAUAAUCACUGUUGACUUACCUUGAAGGUCACUGGUUCUUCCUUAGAACAGCUCCAGUCUAUGAAUCCGUCGUUAUCUUCUGCCAGGAAUUUCUUCAUUUUGCUUAUUGUGAUUCUCACCUCCAAGAUAUCCCCAGAUUCUUUAGUCUAUGUGACAUCACUGUCACCCUCUUUUCUUUCCCCCACCUCGUGACAUACGUGCGUGUAUGUGCUUGUGCGUACAUGUGUGUGUUUCUUUUGCCAGUGCGUAUGCACGGGCACAUAUAUGUGCGAGCGCAUAUGUAUCUAUACAUGUGAGGUCAGAGGUCAGCAUUGUGUGUCUUCCUCAGUAACUCCGCAGUAUUUUGAGCCUGAAGCUCACCAACUUAUAUAGAUUGGCGAGGCGGUGAACUCCAGGGAUCUGCCUCUCACAACCAUCCAACGCUUGAGUUACAGAUAUGCAUCACACCACUGUGCCUGGCUUUUUACGUGAGUGCUGGGGAUGUGAACUCAGGCCCUCAUGCUUGCGCAGCAAGCACUUUAUUGACUGAGUUCUGUCCCCCAGACUCCCACUCAGUUCUUUAAACAUGGCUUUCUGUAGAUAUUUGUAAAACAGUUGUUUGUCAGUCUUUGUUAAGUUUGGUAUUCAGACCCUCUCUGCCAGAGUCUUAGCAACUCUUAAAACCCAGGCAUGUUUAUUACAAAUUCACAUUUCUUCUGCAUGCCUCAAACCUUUGGUUCAAAAUUGUGCAUUCUAGAUAAUAUACUGUCUGUCUGUCUAUCUGCUCUAUAAUUACUAUAUAUUAUACUAUAAUAUACUACAUAUUAUAUACUAUAUGCGGUCAUUCUCGGAUUCUCUGUCUCUGGGCUUGCUGCUUUGUUUGGUCACUUGCUAAUUUCUUUAGUGAGGUGGGUAAGACAGAAAAAAGUGUUAUUGGCUUUGUUCAUGAAGUGUUAUGUACUACCCUACAGUGUAGGUGUUCUGGUGUCUCUACUUAGCUUCUCUUCCCUCUUUUCUUUACUCCCUUCUCCUCCAACCCCCCUCCCCCCACCACAGGUUUUAUACUUCUUUCUUUUAAGAGUAACUGAUCAAGUCUGAUUUGAGUUCCCCAUAUUUUUGUGGCUCUGGCCUCCUCUGUUUUUUGUAUCGCUUCUGUAUUAUAUCUUGGCUUCCUAAUAAUCCCCUUAUGGUCAACACAAGCUGCCGGUUGGUCAACAGUUAUACUUAUCCCCCUUUGGGUAGUUAGAUUUUCACUGUUUACCAUUGAAUUUUGUUGUGUUGGGGACUAGAGUCGGUGCAGUUUUAACCUAGUGUUUGAUCAUAUAAUGGGUUGCCGCCCUGUAAUAUCCUUCGUGGUGUUGUGUUGUGAUCUUAAGGGGGAAAGGGCUUACUUUGGCUCACAGUUCCAGGAUACAGUCUGUCAUGGCAGCAGGAGGGUGACACAGCUGGUUGCAUUGUGUCCCCAGUCUGGAAGCAGAGCCCGAUGAAUGCUGGGUACUCAGCUCACUGUCUUCUUUUUAAUCCAGUUCUGAACCCAAGCCCAGGGAAUGGCUCCAUUCAUAUUUAGGUUGGGUCUUUCCGUCUCAAUUACCCUAAUCUAGAUACUCCCUCAUGGGUACACAUGGAGGCUUCCCUCCUAUGAGAUUCUAGAUCCCUGUCAAACGAUGAUCAAUAUUUAUCAUAACUUGAGUCAGUAAGGCCCCCACCUCUGCAGACACCCUCUCCUCCAAGUGUGUAGAAAGGGAGAAAUUUCAACUCUUCUCCAGGUCUGCCUCUUGGUGGGUACCACCUGACACAUAUAUCUAAGCUUCUGGAUUCUCAGGGAUAAGAAUGUUCUAGUGCUGUCUUCUUCCUUGUUAUUGGUUGGCUCUCUCUCAUAGACUUACUUAUGACUGCCCUGCUUCUGUGGGUGUGACCACUAGUUUCAUGGAGCUUCUGGUCCCUGUGUAACUGCCCAGCCAUCAGGUCUCCUUCGUUUUCAAUAGUGACCGUCAGAGUGAUCCUUUCUGCACCCCUAUUCCAAAUAAAGGCCUCUUUCAGUUUGCAAAGAAUGCUUGCGUCACUGCACCAAGUCCAGGAGUUAGGGACAGAGAAGCUCAUGUCUCCUAGAGUGGCACCCUCAUUCUGUGCAUGCAUCCUGGGGACAGGAUGUCCCUUUGUCUUCUGAGCUUAUCCCCCUGCAUGCAGUGUCUGUAGCACAGGCAAUCAUGGGUGGGAGAAGGGAUUAAAGUCCCAGUGGUCUGUGCCCUUGUGAGUCUGGGCCCAUGAAUCAGCUGGGCUACAGACAGAAUCUUUAGUUUCUUACCUGGACCCACUCACUAUUCUGUCACUCAUUUUCUGCUCCAGCUUUGGGGCAGUGGUAAUGAGUCUUCAAUGACCUCCUCUUAUAGAACAGAACUGUAGUUGUAGACAAGGAGUCAGGAAGAAAGAGAACCCCUUUCUCUUUGGUCAUGGCACCCAGCGUUGGGCUUCUGUAGUAGAGCUGGACUGGGUGAUGAGGCACACCAUGGGUCGUAUGCCACUGUUACUGUCAAGGCCACUCGAUGCUAUGUCAUAUGUGUUUCUUUGUUUUGAUGUGGCAGUUGGGACACUUCCAGUGGCUGAGGGAAGUGAGGGUGUGGCAGAGGGGCUGAGAAUGUAGUAAGGAGUCUUUGGGUGAGGGAACCUGGAACAACAAGGCAGUCCCUGCCUACCUGCAGGAUUUUCCUAUAUGAGGUGAAGUGUCACAGGGCUUUGGUUGAAACUUGUGAGUUAAGUGCUGUCGAGCUGCACAGUCUGCUCUGAAGAAGCCAGAGCUCAGAGGCCAUGGCUGGCUCACCCAAAAACCCAAUAUGUAGAAUGUGUAGGGUAGCACACUUCAUGUCAAGUUGUCAUGACGCCCUAGCCUUAUUUGGGUCAUAAUGCUAGUUUUUCAUUGGGUCAUAAUGCUAGUUUUUCAUUGGGUCAUAAUGCUAGUUUUUCGUUGGGUCAUAAUGCUAGUUUUCCAGGCUUUCUUCAUUUCUGGUGUUCCCUGGUGUUGAGGCUCAGCAGAUACUAUGGAGACUUUGGACAUGCCUGGUGUGCUGAUCAUGGUUAGAUUUGGCUGUGGACUAGGAAGAGGAGAACGGAGAGGAGGAAGGGGAAGAGGAGGAAGGGGAGGAAGAGGAGGAAGAGGAAGAGGAGAUACAAGGAGCCACAUCCAUUUUCUUCAUGUCAUAUCAAGGGUUGAAAGGAUUGUGGACAAGAGGAAGAACAAGAAGGGGAAAUGGGAAUAUCUUAUCCGAUGGAAAGGCUACGGCAGCACCGAGGACACGUGGGAGCCGGAGCAUCACCUCCUGCACUGUGAGGAGUUUAUUGAUGAGUUCAACGGGCUUCACUUGCCCAAGGAUAAGAAGGUGAAGUCAGGGAAGCAGGCCGGAGCCUCCAAGCUCCUUCGCGAUGCCCGCAGUCUGCCAGUGGAAAGACUCUCCCAUCGACCACUGGAACCCGGGAAGAGCAAAUCAACUUCCCACAAGCGGAAGCGCGUCAACUCUCCCCUGUCCAGAUCCAAGAAGGGGUCUUCAGGAAAGGCUCCAGACAGGGCCACCAAGACCGUGUCCUAUAGGACUACCCCCAGUGGCUUGCAAAUCAUGCCCCUGAAGAAGGCUCAGAAUGGCUUGGAGAAUGGAGAUGCUGGCUCAGAGAAGGAUGAAUCACACUUUGGAAACGGGUCCCAUCAGCCAGAUUUGGAGUUGAAUGACCAGCUUGGAGAGCAGGAGACCAGUGAUUGCGACGGGACCCACUCUGCACUGGUGGAGAAUGGAAUUGGCUCUGCUCUGACCAACGGAGGCCUAAACCUGCACAGCCCCGUGAAGAGGAAGCUGGAGACGGAGAAGGACUAUGUCUUUGACAAAAGGCUCAGGUACAGCGUCCGCCAGAAUGAAAGCAACUGUCGGUUUCGUGACAUCGUGGUGCGGAAGGAAGAGGGCUUCACACACAUUCUUCUAUCCAGCCAGACUUCGGAUAACAAUGCACUGACUCCUGAGAUCAUGAAGGAAGUCCGGCGAGCGCUGUGCAAUGCGGCCACAGACGACAGUAAGCUGCUGCUUCUCAGUGCUGUGGGCAGCGUAUUCUGCAGCGGCCUAGACUAUUCCUACCUGAUCGGCCGUCUGUCCAGCGACCGGAGGAAGGAGAGCACGCGGAUCGCAGAAGCCAUCAGGGACUUUGUGAAGGCCUUUAUCCAGUUUAAGAAGCCCAUCGUGGUUGCCAUUAAUGGGCCAGCAUUGGGCCUGGGAGCCUCCAUUCUACCCCUCUGUGACAUCGUAUGGGCCAGUGAGAAGGCCUGGUUUCAGACACCAUACGCAACUAUCCGACUCACCCCGGCUGGCUGUUCCUCCUACACCUUCCCCCAGAUCCUGGGUGUGGCGCUGGCCAAUGAAAUGCUGUUCUGUGGGCGGAAACUCACUGCCCAAGAGGCAUGUAGCCGGGGCCUUGUGUCGCAGGUCUUCUGGCCCACGACUUUCAGCCAAGAGGUCAUGCUGCGGGUGAAGGAGAUGGCGUCUUGCAGUGCUGUGGUUUUAGAGGACUCCAAAUGCCUGGUCCGAAGCUUCCUGAAGUCAGUACUGGAAGACGUGAACGAGAAGGAGUGUCUCAUGCUGAAGCAGCUCUGGAGUUCUUCCAAAGGCCUGGACUCCCUGUUCAGCUACCUACAGGACAAAAUAUAUGAAGUUUGAAGGGCCCCAGCUCACCUGCCCCAUUGCUAAAGGGUCUCUGACUUCCAGCCGGGCCCUGUGUUUCUACCAUCGGAGCCCAGGGUCCACCCUAGCCAAGAGUUUGUCACGGUGUGUCUUUACACCUACGGUUGUAUCCAUUCCUCGUGCCCUUCGGUUGUUCCUCAUUGGUUUGAUUUUGUGUAAAGGUGGGAAACGUAGCACCCUUGGCCUCCCCAUGUCCCUGUCCCAGCCAGCCAUAGAACCUUCCAGGGAUCCAUCUUCCCAGUGCUCCGCCAGGCACUGUCUGUUGACCUUUCCCUGCACUAGCCAAAAGGCUCCUACCAUGGUCCAGAAGAGGAAGACCAACCUCCCUCAUCCUCCCAACUCAGGCUGUGUCUACACAGUGCCUCCAACCUGGAGGAGAUGAGGCCAUCACAGUUCUCUGGUUAUGUGAUCUGGGACCAGGGGACAAUAUCUUAGGGAAUUCACAGACCAACAAGCGUGUGGCAAGCACUCGACUACAUAGGCCUGGCUUCAAUCUUCUCUCCAAUGCAACUCGGCGUGACUCUUAGGGCUUGGUCUUAAAACCCAACUGAGUGAUUUACAAACCCAGAUAAUUGUACAUUUUAGAAAUGUUUUGUUAAAUAUAUAUUUUUAAAACAACGUAAGUGGAAAUUCUGAUAAUUUAUGUGUAUUAUAUGUAAAGCUAGUUUUGCAAAAAAGAAAAAAGAAACAUGACUUACUAGGAAAUUUUUUUCUUUAUUCGGGUUUAUUUUAUUUAUUUAUUUUUGUUGUUUAUAUAUUAUGGAGUCUAUUGUUCACACAGAUCUUAUUUUCAUACCACCCUGGACCAAAUACUAUCCGAGGUGCACGCCGUUUGGUGCGUUCUCACGAUGAGCCACGUGGAAAGAAAAGGAGAUAAGAACGGAUUAAAGCCUGUUUCAGACUCUCUGCGUGCUGCCCUUAGGGCAGAAUGCCAGUUCUCUAAUCUUUGAGGACAAGUCAUGGUGGCAUUUUUUUCUUUCAGUCGCUAUCAUUCAGGAGAAAUGGAGGACUCUUGUUAGACCCAUCCCUAAGUGUGUGAUGUUCAGAAGGGAUGGGAGCAGCUUAUCUUUAGGAUAAUACAUUGCCUAGGGUGAGACAUUUUUUUGCUCUGGGAUAAAUAAGUGAACUUGGAUUUCCAAGACCUUUCCUUCCAUAUGGACGUUAAUGUCUUGGUUGGCCUUCUGGGGGUGUUGAGGAAGAGAACUCAGUCUCAAGAGUUUCUUCACGGUCCAAACCUGAACACUAAAUCUUUAAUUUUUUUUUUAAGCUGGGAGAAAACAAAAACAAGGAUGGCUCUAACUAGCAGGGCGGUCUCCUUGCCUCACUGGCCCUAGCCUACUGGAGGCCUCCAAUAGCUGUCUUUAUGUCACCCAAUCAAAGUCCCUGAUUCUGCACUGAGGGAGAGUUUCAGUUUGAGUUGGUGAAGAGACAGGAAAUGGAAGGGACUCCUUGUGAUUGGGGCCUUAAACCUAUUUGCUCAGAGAAAAAUUAGACCAUGACGGAGGCUGGAGGGGCCAGGCUAGCUCUAGAUGGGUUACAACCUUGACUGUUGUUCUUUUUCUUCAAUUCCCUCUGAGUUUCCAGCCUUUCUUAACCCUUCCUUAGGGACAAUGGGGUACAGCACAGAGUCGGCCCAGUUUGUGGAGGGGGUGGGGAAGGUAGGCUGAAAAAGUAGAGAUGGUUGUUUGCCUGCCCUUGAGUGGGAAUAGCUGCCCCCCAGUCACAAGUAGAAGGGAUGCCUGGCCCUAAGCUUUGAAUGACCCAGGUGGCUGGAUGCUUGCAUGAUGAUUAGUGAAGUGACCCUCUAAAUAGUGGCUCCCACAUGCACUUGGCCUUGAAUGACCUUGCUUGGCUCUGUAGAAAUGCUUUAGAGCUCAGAAGGGUUUGAGAAGAGAAGACUUUUACUUCUCUAUUCACCACCAGCCUGUCCCGCCUUGGCCAUGAGGGGCCUGAGAAUAUAGUCACCUUGGUUGUGUUUGGUCACAGGAAAAUGGAAUGGAAGCUCGUAGCUCCCUGGAGUCCCUAUAAUACUGUAGGAACUGUGGACUAGGGUAUAGAGAAUUAACGCAGGAGAACGCCUGGGUCUGCUGUUGUCCCUUCUCCAUUGGAUGUACACUUCCUGCAAACCCUUAUAACAGCUUUUGUUCUUUAGGUGUCUGAGAAACUCUUAACUGACUGCUGCUUCUGUAGGAGCCCCCUCCCCCAACCCCAUGCUUUCUGAUUAGCUUCUGAUCGAGCCAGUUUUGUCCACGGGGAAGCAAGUUGUCAGGAUUCUUUCUAGAAACAUUACAGGAUGCAUCUUUGACUCCCAUUGACACAACCAGAGAUGCUUUCUCUUUAGGUGUUGGACGAGCGCCAAACUUGCGAACGUGCAGAGAACCCGUGAUGACUUGGGUAGAUAGACACGGACUAUUUCUAAGGUAGAAUUCACACUGCUUGUUUUUUUAAAGACUGUGUUUUAUCUGUUUGAAGGGGGUAGCUCUGUCCCAUGGGCACAAGUCUUUUUAGUCAACCUACUGGGCCGGCUGAAUCAUGAGAGUUGGUAUUUUCAGGCUGGCUGUUGGGAUAGCGUCGGGUUGAAAUCCAGAUGACCUACAUAACAGUAUAUUGAGCUGGGAUGGAAAAUACCCAUUGAGUGGUUGUGUCCAGGUUAUCCUAAAAGCUUUAUUGAGGUAGGGUGCUGGCUCCCAUCUUUUACUUUGUACCCCAGUGUCCCCUCUCCUCCCAUGAGGCCCUUCUGCUUGUCCCAUUACUCUCUGUUCCUUUCCGCAUACCCCUUUCCUAGACUCGGAGUAAGUCUUUGCGGAAUUGUAGAUGGUCUUUGGAGAGACAGCUAUAGGCAAGAGGUGGAGACUUCCUCUUCUGAGUCAAGGUUUCCUUUAGCAAGCCAAUUGGAACUCUCCUCUGUUUACCAAAACCUUGGUGGUGGCAACUCCCAGCAAUCUCAUAGGACACUGCUGAGGUUAACUGCUCCAAUCCCAGGCGACUUUUGAAGCGUUAUGGUUAAGAUGGCCAGACCCCCUCAGCACUGGGAAGCCACCCCCUACUGUGGUGUUCUUUUCAGGUGACCCUUUACUGCAUAGAGGCAAAAUCUGAAGGAAACUCGUAUGCUGAGAAGGCAGGGACUACUUGUAGGAAAUAGGGAACUGACAGAAAAAUCUUGUUCUGUGGCGUAGACCAAACUGGGAACUGUCCUCUGAGAAGCGGGAAAAGACGACUUCUCUGUGUGAAGUUCAACCUGGGGAUAGGAAAAUAAUGACAGGAGACUUUGGACAACACAAUUAUAUCUCCGAAUCCCUCUUUUACAAACAGCCUUUACUGAACGCUGAAUUGUCUCCCUCAUUACCAACUGCUGGUUUCAAGAGCCUCUUAAAUGGUUUGUUAAAAAAAGUUGGUUUUUUUUUAAUUUGGAAUUUAGUCCUAUCCACACACUUUUAAAACCUAGUUUCUGUAGAAGGUUUUUGUUUUGUUUUUUAUAAAAAUAAAAAAUAGAGACAUCCACAAAUCUUCCUAUGGGGAUAUUUUGAAGGAAGGCUUGCUUCUCUCCUGUGUUUCUGUAUUAAGAUACUUAGAUCUGUUGUAUAUAUGAGUCAAGAUGCCCUCACUAAUAUACACAGUAUUUAAGACUCCAAAUGAGAUUUCUUAAGUAUUUUAUUUUAUUCUCUGUACAUGGUUUUGUAGAAUCUUGGAAAUUUACACUUUGGUUUUGUAGAUAUAUAUCUUUGGGGAGGGAGGUUGUCUUGCAUGUGUGUUUUUUGUUGUAGCUAAGUGUUACAUUGUCCUUUCUGCAGGCUUUGGUUGAAAUGCUUAAUAGACUUUAAUACAGUAAAUAUAUUUUCAGAAUAUAAACUUUUAUAUUUCUGUGGUAAAUUAGGACAUGCGUUUUAGGCAAUCUUUUCCAUUAAUAUCACUUCUUCCUUCUGGGGGAAAAUAUAUAUCUCAUAUUGGUUUGGUGCCAAUGUUUUGUUUUUUUGGUUCUUAAUUUUCUUUUAUUUAAAAUCGGGUAGUCUUACAUUUUUAAGAAAUCAAGUCAACUUUCUUUUCCUCUAGAAGUCAUUGCGUUUGAAAUCUAAUUUGAAAAUGUAUUGAAUCUGCGAAUAAGCCUUACCAUUAGGUUCAAUAAUCCUUCUGACCUUUCAAAACUACACGUGUAGCUCAAGAUCUCCCCUUCCCCCCCCCCAUAAAUUCUCACUGUGUGGCAGUUGAUGGAGUUCAGAAAAGAGCCUUAAGCUUGUUGCAAAAUAAUAAUAAUAAUAAUAAAUUAAUUAAAAGGGUAAUACGGGUUGUUUCCUCCAUGUAAGCCAUGUUGGUGGGCUCAGUGCAGUCUGUAAGUCAUUCAUGGCUAAUCUGAAGGGAGUAGUGGAAGGAGCUGAUGGCGCCAGGGACCAGGUGGCAUCCUCGGCGAAUGUCUUUGGCCAUAAGAGUGGACCAAGGGUAGGUUUUCUAAGCCACUUUCAUUCUAGUAGUAUGGUUGAGGGAUGGUGACAGGGAGGGCUGCUAAAUCAUCAUUUGUUCUCAACAAGUGACAUUUCCUGCUCCUGACCCUGUUGGGGACCCCAGGGUAGCUAAAGUCCGUGCUCUCUGAGAGAUGUUAGCAAAGUUUACAUUAAGAGUCUUGCUGUGUAGACAAUCUGGAGUCAGUUUUUGUUCCAUCUUCAACAUCGCCAUGUGUCCUUGGUGUUUCUAUGAGGAAGUGUGUGUCAAGCUAUACUAGAGUGGAAUGUAGCUGGAUGAAGGUAUUGUAGCUACAGAGCGGGAACAGUAAGUGAUAGAGUAUGUCCAGGGCUGUUUCGAUGGUGCAAAAAUCUCAGAAAUAGACUUAGGUCUUAAAAAUCAAGUUAUAAUGUCUUUUGGCCAGUGGUACUCCAGCCACCACCAGCUGAUUCUCCUUACCCACCCUUGAAAUGGGAACUUGCAUUUAGGGCUAUGUGACUUAGCAUGAGGUCCAUCUCUACAAAGUGUUCAAAGUCACUUUCUCAGCCUUUAAGGAUUAAGAUUGGCAUGUAUGUCAGUCAGAAGACAUGAUGUCUAGAGUUAAGCUUCAGCCUUAUAUCUCUGGGUUUGUCUCACCUCUUUAUCCCAACAUCUAGUCUGAUGCAGGAGCUUGUCAACUCUGAGAUGCUCAGAGGGUGAUUGUUGACUCCAGGAUGUUCAGAGGGUGAUUGUUAACUCUGGGAAGUUCAGGGGGGUGAUUGUUGACUUUGGGAUGUUCAGAGGGUGAUUGUUGACUCCAGGAAGUUUAGAGGAUGAUUGUGAGUUCUCCAUCUAGUCUUGAACUUGCCAUCGUGCCAUUAGUCCCAGCUUGAAGUUAUUUUUCUAAUGUCUACAUUAACAAGAUUAUGAAAAAUAAUUGCCUUUCAUAAAACCAAGGACCAAAGAUUCCAUUAUUCCAACCAAGCUUGAGUUUCAUAAGCUGCAGGCACAUCUGGGUUCAGAUGUGUGAGCUUCACAGCACAGAGGAACCCUUGGUUCCUCCUACCACCAAACCAAUGCUCCCUGACUAGCCAUGCAGAGAAGUUGAAUAUCUCUUGAAAAGGCUCUGAAGGAAGAGUUUCUGAGAUGGGAACUUAGUAUCUCAGGUGGGUGUUUCCGCUGUAUAGCCUCAAGUUUUCAUUUAUCCCAUUAUAAAGUGGAGGUCAGAGAUUCCCCUUCGGGUCUCUAACCAUGGUCAACUCUUACAUUUGCAUGUGGGCCUCCAUCUGUUUUGCAGUUAGGAGUUAGGUCUUCAGUGGUACAUCCUGUGACUGCCAGAUGUCCAUCUCUUUAGUUCCUCAUCGAGCCAUCCCACUUCCUGCUUGGUAGAACAAGAAUGUUCCCGGUGCCCCCACCAGGGGUUUCCCCAUUUUCAACCUCACUCACGAUGAUGCCAUUGGCCUCUAACUAAUCCAGAAGACUAAAUGUUAAAGAAGGGGUAUUCUACUGGUAAGGCUUAUUACCCAACUUCUGAUACUAAAGCCAGCUACCAAAAACAUAUCCAGCUCACCCUGGGAGUGUUUGGGUUGGAUCAUGGACGUAGCAAACACACCAAAAUCCAUGAAUACCUUUGCAGGUUAGGUUGCUCAUUUUCUUUUUGCUAGAUUUUCACAGGAAGGUCUUUAGUUCUGGAUCCUUGUAAGUAUGAGUCCUCCAUAGCAUCAUAUGCAGGUAUAGCUGGUCCAUUCUCCACACUGUAAAUAUUUUUCCCAAACUGGGUGCAGUACUGAGGGUAAUAAUCUUCUGAUUUAUCAAAUGCUGACUGUCUGGAGCAAAUCGUCCGCUCUUUGUGAAUGGUCCUGUAACGUAUAUGAACAUAUUUCUGGGUGCCUUAGAAGUUGUAUUUUUCAUGUGUGCUAAUAUGCAGUAUUUAUACAUUGUGAGAAGCUGCUUUGAAUAAAAAGAUUGAAACUUUGUCUCCA